AUGUCUCAUAAUAGAAACAAUAUGGAAGAGCAACCAAUUUUUACAAUUGAACAUCUUGCUACCUUCACAGUGGCUAAAAAUACAGGAAUUGUUUAUCCAGCAGAUGGAAUGAGAAGAUUACUUCAGUUGGAAAAAUCGAAUGGCAUCUGGUCGCAAAAAAUGCAAAUGAGACUUAGUCAAUCAUGGGUUCUUAUAAUGGAUUAUGAGACUGGAGCUGUCAUGGAAAGAUUUCCAGUGGAACUUAUUCAAGAACCCACUGCAUUUACUAGCCAUGAUCCUUUAGAAAUAUAUAACAACAUUUUGGUGUUUAUUGUUGGAGAAGAACGGCCAAUUGAUUCACAUUCAGAAAUGCAUAUAUUUCAGUGCCAAAGCGUUCCUGCUCAGGAAUUAGUUGAAGAUUUAAAAUUAUUGCGCGCCGGUAAGCUGCCAAUAGCGCGAAGGGAGAGGAGAAUCCCUCCUCCUCCCAUUACACCUCCACCGGAGCCUCCUAUUAAUGUUAGGGAGCAAGUUUCAAUUUUCAAUUCAAGUUCACAUCACGCUGAAGUCGAUCGAGGCCGAAAUUCCAGAAAUGAAAUGUCGAGAAACGAAGAAGGAUCCUUAUUGGACGAAACAAGCUCUACUUCAAGUGAAAGGUAUGAAAGAGAUGUUACCAUAUUAAAUCAUUGCUUUGAUGAUAUUGAGAAAUUUAUAGCAAGGCUGCAACAUGCAGCAGCAGCCUCUAGAGAGUUGGAAAGACGCAGAAGAAAUCGUAAAUCUAAGAAAAAAGAUAUGGGAGACGGUAUGUUGACGAUUCGAGCGAAACCACCUCCAGAAGUCGAAUUCAUUGACGUAUUUCAAAAAUUUAAACUUUCGUUCAAUUUACUUGCAAAAUUGAAGGCUCACAUACACGAUCCCAACGCUCCUGAACUGGUACAUUUUCUAUUUACACCUUUGGCUCUCAUUGUUGAUGCUUCACACGACACUCAUUACGGACCUAAUUUGCCUGCCAAAGUUGUUUCUCCCCUUUUAACGAGGGAAGCUGUAAAUUUAUUGAUUAAUUGCGUAACCAGCAAGGAGACGGAACUUUGGCAUUCGUUAGGUGAUGCGUGGUUAAUAUCUAGAGAUCAGUGGAAGGGUUUUGUUACGCCUUAUCAUCCUGUUUUUAUGGACGGGUGGUCGCCUGAUUUUUCUGUUAUUGACGAACACGAGCCUACUGGAAAUUCCGAAGAAAAAAGAAAUCGUGGAGAAAUUCAAAAUUCGACUUCUAACGAUCCUGAAUUAAGAGAAUAUAUGCGAGGACAUGAUGAUUCUCAUUAUAACAGUGAGUACAUAGAUUACGACAGACAAAAGGCAUCACCCAUCAUCGAUCAUCGACGCUACGAUUUCGAAAAUCGAGUUUUUCAUCACGAAUCUUACACCGAGAGAGCCAGAUCUAAAAGUCCCGAUUCGGAAAGAGAAUUUUCUCAGCCGAUACACAGCCGAGAAGCCAGAAGCGAUAUUUCAGCUGAUUCAAUUGAAAAAGGAGGUCAUAUAAUAGAAAAUCAGGCUUUUCAGAGAAAUCAAGCUAGUUGGUUAGAGGAUUUAAUUGACAGAAACGCUAAAAUCGUCAGAGUCACGUAUCCAAGAACCGCGAAUAAUGAUAAGGAGUUAACCGUGAUUCGAGGUGAAUAUCUUGAGAUACUUGACGAUAGUAGGAAAUGGUGGAAGGGGAAAAAUGCCAGGGGACAGAUAGGACACGUUCCUCACACAAUUGUUUCCCCAUUUAAUGCUGCUAAUAUUGACGUUUUUAACAGCCCCUUAUAUUCACCAGGGUACGAAAGAGAUAGAGUCGACAGGCAUUUUUCGGGGAGGUCUCAGGACGAAGUAGAUAUCGUGGGUAGGAAAGGUGGGUCGGAAAGUCCUCUUCGCUCUCCACCGAUUCCUCCACCUGCUCCGGCAGAUUGGGUAAGGAAAGAACGGUUGGGGAAUGAGUGUCAUUAUGCCAUAAAUGAGGCUAAUUAA